GAUCAUAAUGUAUACCGCUCGCCUAGGACACUGGGCUGUAUUGAAUAAUCUAUAUUAUUUGACAUUUACACAAAAAUACAUAAUAUUGAUAUGUCAUUUAGCGUAAUAAAUUUUCUGUUUACAUUCCUCGUUUUGGUGCCAGGUAUUCUUGGUCAGUGCAUAGAGUGUAAAGCCCGCGGGAAGUUCCACUGCCAGACGAACUACACGGGCUACUACUGCGCUCCAGGCGCUUACAUCAAUGAAAAUGCGAUUUCAGAGCAUACAUGCAACACGAGUGGCAGGACUUACAAAAGCCCCUUCUCGGCGUGCACGCCCUAUCCAUUCGAAAUAACUUACAUCGAGACGUUUUGCUGUCUUUAUUCACCCUCCCUUGGCUGUCAGAUGGCCCUGAAUCCAGGUAUCUUCAACAGGGAGAAGCUACCUGUCAGCAGAUGCGAGGAUUGCAUUGGGCACUGCCGAUGCUUGAACAAGGGUGCUCCUUUUUUUCAGCCCAGGAAAGGGCUUUCCCUCUUGGGGAUUUGCGCCAUGCUAACCCAGUCGAUGAAUUUGAGAAUUUAGGACUGAAUGAGGUGCGAAACUUAUUGAAGCAUUGACAGUAGUUCGACGUGGGUGAUUAUAACUACUCCACCUCGGGCAACUGAAUUGUGUGGAAGAAAAUACAGUGUCAUAGCCAACCAAUUUUUCAAAGUUAAGAAGGUAAAAUAUGUAUUAAAAAAUAAAAUUUUCGAUUGAA